UUUCCGGCGGGCGGACCUCCUCAUUCGCCAGCCUUUCCAGGCUCGCCGUCGCCGUCGAGUGGUCCAACAAGCCCCUGUCCCAGCCACCCUUUGAGACCUGGGUCCUGGGAUUGGACCAAGGGGUUGUUUGACGCCAGUCUCUGCUUGCCGGAAGGAUCAAUCGCUUCCGGCCGUUGACCCGCCUGGGCUCGGGUCUGAGAGCUCGUGGCGGCGACGAACAGACGCUGCUGUCGCACACGAUGGAGAAUCGGCAACGGCUGCAAAAGAAAGAUGGCGUCAAGGUGCCGGACCCCCCGACGCCUCAUACGAAGGGCAAGCCGAGGCUCUUGUUGAUGGGCCAAAGAAGGAGCGGCAAGUCGUCUAUCUCCAGCGUAGUAUUCCACAAGCUGCCGCCGAGCGAGACGCUGUUUCUCGAGUCCACUGCCCGAAUUCAAAAGGAUAGUCUGAACUCUUUCAUGGAGUUCCAAGUCUGGGAUUUUCCUGGCCAAAUCGACAUCUUUGACAACCCCAACUUCACCUUCGACAUGGACGCCAUCUUCGGCGAGAUUGGCGCCCUGAUAUGGGUUAUCGACGCGCAAGACGACUACCUCGAGGCCGUCGCUCGGCUCAACUCGACCAUCCUCCAUCUGCACCGCAGCUAUCCGCACAUCAACAUCGAAGUAUUCAUCCACAAGGUUGACGGCCUGAGCGACGACUACCGCCUCGACAUCCAGCGCGACAUCACCAUCCGCAUCCAGGACGAACUGUCAGACCAGGGCGUCGAGAACGCGCCGGUCAACUUCCACCUGACGUCCAUCUACAACCACAGCAUCUUCGAGGCCUUUAGCAAAGUCAUCCAAAAGCUGAUCCCGCGCCUCGGCCAGCUCGAGGCCAUGCUGACCAACCUCUGCCGCACGUGCCGGUUCGAGAAGGCGUAUCUGUUCGACGUCAACACCAAGAUCUACAUCGCCACCGACAGCACGCCCGAGGACAUGGCCAGCUACGAGAUCUGCUCCGACUACGUCGACGUCAUCAUCGACUUCACCGAGGUCUACGGCUCCUGGCCGCGGUCGCAGCAGUGGCGCAAGCGCCUCGAGGGCGAGCCCUGGUCGCAGCCGCUCGAGGAGCAGGUCGCCUGCGAGUGGGCCGAGAGCGGCAUGGUGCUGGCCGACGCCCGCCGCCCCAUCAUGCUGCGCGAGGUCGACCGCUUCCUGGCCCUCGUCGCCAUCAUGAAGGAGGGCUCCUACGACAAGAUGCCCCAGAUCAACAUGAACGUGGAUGUCGUCGUCAAGGGGCUGACCGAGUUCUUCGAGAUCACCAAGCCGAAGGAGCUGGCGCCGGGCGCGCAGCAGGGGCCGGCGAGUCCCGGGUUGGUUCAGGGAUGAUGAUGGUAGUGAUGAUGAUGGCUUGCGGCUGGUUAUUGCACGAACGCAUGGCUGCGUCUGGCCGGCCGAGAAGGAUAUCCGUUAUCGUGCGCUAGCGGAAGCCAACU